UCCCCGCUCACGCUCCCCUCGCUGGUUCCCCUCCCACCGGCCACUCCCGGUUAACCCCUGCUAAUUCUAUAAAUACCCCCUCUUUCCCUCUGUCUCUGCCUCUGCCUCUUGACCUCAUCUUCUUCCCUUCCCCCCCAAAAGUUAAAAAAAAAGCCCUUCUUCUCGUCCUUCGGCUAGCUUUUUGUAGGGUUCCGGCGAGAGUUUUCUAGGGUUUCGCUGCGAGUGCAUGGCAGUGAGCCUUCUGCAGUUUCAUGAGGUGUCUGACCUCUGCAUCGGGAAGCCGGCGGUGAAGUCUCUGCCGCCGUCCGACACCAUCAGAGAGGCUCUCCUCGCCCUUAAGAGAGGCGGAGAGACUUUUGUCAGCGUGUGGGUCGCUGACCGGGCGUCGCCGGAGAAGAAGGCGUGCGCCGGCAAGGUCUGCAUGGUGGAUGUCCUCUGCUACCUCUGCUCCGAGGAGAACAUCUCUUCCCCCGCGGUCGCCCUCGGCGCCCCUCUCUCUGCCCUCCUCCCCCCAAAGGACUCCUCCCUCGUCCGCCGCGUCGAGCCGCAUUCCAGCGUAUUGGAAGCGCUAGACGUGAUCUUGGACGGGGCGCAGAACCUGGCGGUCCCCAUCCGCUCCGGCGCCGGGAGGAAGAAGCUCCCCGGCGGCGGCGGAGCGGCGGACUUCUGCUGGCUGACACCGGAGGACUUCGUGCGCUUCUUCCUCAACUCGAUCGCCCUCUUCUCCCCGGCACCGGCACUCUCCGUCUCCGACCUCGACAUCGUCCGCCCGGCCGCACUCGCCAUCCGCCCCCACGACCCUGCCCUCGCUGCGCUUCCCCUCAUCCGCCGCGCCCUCGCCGACCAGACCUCCGUCGCCGUCGUCACCGACGACGGCAAGCUCAUAGGCGAGAUCUCCCCCUCCACACUCGCGCACUGCGACGAGGGCGCUGCCGCCGCGCUGGCCGCUCUCUCCGCCGUUGACCUCAUGGGCUGGAUCGACUUCUCCGGCGCCCCGCCGGAGGCCGCCGUCCGGGCCGUCAAGGCCCGGCUGAGGGACAAAGGCAUGGCGGGGAUGGUCGAGCUCCUCGAGGCCGACCUCUCGCCACCCUUCUCAUCCUCCUCCUCCGCUUCUUCGUCCUCGUCUUCCUCCGACGAGGAGUCCGGCGCGGCGACGGUGCGGCGGCCGCGGAGGCUUCGGUCCGCAGGGAGCUACUCGGCGAGGAUGGGGCGGCGGUCUGAGGAGGCGAUCGUGUGCCACCCGGGGAGCUCGCUGAUGGCGGUCAUGAUCCAGGCGCUGGCCCACCGUGUCAGCUACGUCUGGGUGGUCGACGACGACUACAGCCUCGUCGGCAUCGUCGCGUUACCGGACAUACUCGGUGUCUUUCGGGAACAGUUGCAGCAGCCUUUUGAGACACAGUAGUUCGUUGUGGAAGCGGUCAGAUAGAGAGAGAGAGAGAGAGAGAGAGUAGUAUCUGUAGUACUGCAUUUUUGUGCGCUUGUGAAUAUUUCACCUGUCUUAUCGGUCGCUUUAUCUUCUCCUUCACGUGAGGGGAGGAACCCGAAGCCAGAAAAGCAGCACCCCGGGUUUUGCGAGUCUUUGUUGUUAAUGUUGUUGCGAUGGAUGGUUGCUAAAAAGUUUGAAGCUACGUGCUGUGAUGUUGCAGGGGUCGGAUGCGUGAGACCGCGGAUACGUGCUUGCUCUUGGCAGAGCCACGGAUUUUUGUUUACAGAUGGAUUAACCCAGCUGGAGGAGCAAGGAGUCUUUGAGGUGGGAACAGCAGGGUUUGGGAGUAAUCUGAAUGAAACGAUCAUCGGAAUGGAACAGGUGGGUUCGAGCGGCUUCGGAAAUGCGAAAUGCUGUUGAGAGGCAACUCCCAUACUUCUUUGCAGGAUGCUUACUUUGGUUGGACCGACGGUAAACAUUAUGUGGCAGUUGUAAGACGAAAUUCUCUUAAACUUCUCAACUUUGUGACAUGGCAACCAGCUCAACCCUUUGGUCUCAAAAUUGCCUGUCGAGCUGAGAUGUUAGAUUUCGGUUCUGCUUUUCGCUUCACCAUUGUUCAUAUUGUUCUAGCUCUCUGGGAAACCUUUCAGAAUGGAAGUGGUCGAGGUUGCAGGUAGCUGCAGCAUGUCUUGCAAUUAGUAAGUACAAUCCAAUAGCUUUCAUCAUCAA